UACCGCCAAAACGACAAUGCUUUCGUCGCCAUUGCUGCACCACCCGUCGUCCUACUCCCUCUAUCUCCAUCGAACCCAGCAGCUCAAGCUCCUUCCUCGUAGCCGCGAGUUUCCAUUUCGGUCUCUCCAUUCCUCGCCGCUUGUGGGGUUUCACAAGGAUGUUCUCGCAACUUUCGUUUCUAAAUCAUCGCUUUCGUCUUCUUUUUCUUCUUCUUCUUCUGUUUCCUUGGUCGGGGAUGAUUUCGAAGUGGAGCUUGGGCGCUUGCUGGCUCUCUUGCCGGAAGAGAUGCGGCGGGGAGUUGGGGAGCAUCCGGAGCUGCACCACUUGAUCGAGGUUGUUAUGGACUUGGGCCGCAAGCCCCUCGCCCGGUUCCCCUCCGGAGACUUCGUUUUGUCGGACCAUCCGAUUACUAUGCAGGAUCUUGAACAUGCCACUUCUCAGGUUGGGGAUUUUGCUAUUGAUAACAGAGCAGGCAUUAGCCGGACCUUGCACCGGAUCAGUGCCAUUAGGAAUCGGAAAGGUAGGAUUAUUGGUUUAACCUGUCGUGUUGGCCGAGCUUUAUCAGGAAGUGCCAACUCAUUGCAAGAUUUAGUAAAACUUGGGGCUUCUUUGUUGCUAAUUGGACCUCCUGGAGUAGGAAAAACUACAAUUAUCAGGGAUAUAGCUAGGAUGCUUGCGAAUGAUUAUGGGAAACGAGUCAUGAUUGUUGACACUUCAAAUGAAAUUGGUGGUGAUGGAGAUAUACCUCAUGCAGGAAUUGGUAAUGCACGGCGCAUGCAAGUGCCACACACAGACAUGCAACACAAGGUCUUGAUAGAAGCAGUUGAAAAUCAUAUGCCACAAGUGAUUGUAAUAGAUGAAAUUGGUACUAAACUUGAGGCUAUGGCAGCAAGCACAAUUGCACAACGUGGUAUUCAGUUGGUUGCAACUGCUCAUGGUGUAACAAUAGAGAAUUUGGUGAUGAAUCCAGCUCUGGAGAUGCUUGUUGGAGGUGUACAGAGUGUGACACUGGGGGAUGAAGAGGCAAGCCGGCGUGGUGUUCAAAAAUCUGUACUGGAGAGGAAAGGACCCUCAGCUUUUAGCUGUGGUGUUGAGAUAAUUUCGAAGACAGAGUUGCGAGUUCACCCUAAUUUAGAAGCUACAGUAGAUGCUAUUCUUUCAGGCCGUCAUCCCAUCUUUGAAGUUCGCAAGAUUAAUCAGAGAUCACAAGAGGAAGUGGAGGAAGAGUUGACCAUCCAGGAAUUGCAUGAUAGAAGUGACAGUGUCAUUGUAGGUAUUUCACAGAUGAAUGGUAAUAUACCUGGCCAUGGUGAUUUUAUUUCAGAGAUGAAUCAAGGCACAGAAGAGAAUUGCUGUAAAAAUGAGGAUUCUCUUUGCCUAUUUCUUUAUGGGAUCUCAGAGGCAAGUGUGGUUCAAGGGAUUAAACAGUUAAAGAUAGACCAUGCCAUUGAGUUUACUGAUAACAUCAGCGAAGCAGAUGCUCUCCUGGCAUUGCAAUCCAAGCUCAAAAAAAAUUCUGGAAUUCAAGCUGCUGCAAGAUCUCGUGGCAUUCCUAUAUAUGUCUCAAAGACAAGCUCCUUGUCACAGUUAACCAAGGCUGUAGAAGCUUUAGUUGCUGAUUGUGCUGAUGGUUUUGAGUUUUUUGAAUCUGAAGCUAAGAUCAAUGUGUUGGAAAGGAUGGAUGCUUUGGAGGAGGCAAGAAUAGCCAUUGAGCAAGUAGUAAUUCCUAAAGGGGAACCUGUGGAUCUACUCCCUCGGCCAUCAAAUAUUCUAAUACUCCAGAAGGAUCUUAUUUCCAAAUAUAAGCUGAAAUCAGUGAGAAUUGGAACAGAACCAGAUGCUAGGCUCCGCAUAAUUCCUUUCCAGAGUCCUUUGGAAGAAAAUAGUCAUAGCAGUGAAGGCGACAAUGAUGGCAGUGGUGAUGAAUUUGAUGAUUUGUUGCGACCCGAUCCUGACUCUAAUGGAUCUUCCUACACCGUGGAUCGAUUGCCUUUACUGCCAGAUUAGGUAAUUGCUACGUAUUCAUUCAACCUACUAUGCAUAUACAUGGCUUAGAGCCUUUAGAUCCUUCUGCUGUGUUUGAUGUGUUCAACAUCCUGAAAAGCAUACUAAAAGAUUUCACGCUUGGUUACCCACUGCAAUUCAUGUAUCUUAUUCUGAAAAUCAACAACCACAAAACUUCAUUCAAUCAAAACAGUGUUCAUACAAA